AUCCGUUUUUGAGCUUGCCACUGCUCCGUGCCAGUUUGACCUUGACUCUUCCGCAUAUUCUGCCGCACUUGCUCGCAGCCUGUCAUUUCGUGAUACCCCUCCAGCACACCUCGAAUACUCACACGCCAUGGCUGCCACCGAGGUUCAACAUUUCAUCAAUGGCGAGUUUGUGCCGUCAAGUGACAACAAGACAUUUGACCUCUUCUCGCCCUACACGGGAGAGCUGGUUGGCAAAGUCUCUGAGGGUACUGAGGAAGAUGUCGAUAAGGCGGUUGCUGCCGCCCAGGCUGCUCAGCAGUCCUGGUCUUCUCUCUCGCCUGCGCAACGCGGCAUACCUAUGGCCAAGCUCGCUCAGCUCAUCAUUGAACAUGACAAAGACCUGGCCAAAUGUGAAGCUCUCGCCAUCGGCCGGCCUAUAAGCAUCUACUUUGAUGGCUACUACGCCGCCACCCACUUCAAGUACUUUGCCGAGUCUGGCUACGCCGUGGGCACCUCGAGUCUCAACACGCCCGGGUUCAUGAACAUUUCCCUCCGCCAGCCCUACGGAGUCUGCGCCGCCAUCAUCCCCUGGAACGCGCCGCUCGUCUUCUUUAGCAAAAAGGUCGCCCCUGCCAUUGCCGCCGGCAACACCAUGAUUGUCAAGACCAGCGAGAAGGCGCCACUAUCUUCACACCUCCUCGCCAAGCUCAUUGCGGAAGCUGGCUUCCCGCCUGGUGUCAUCAACGUGGUCCACGGCCAUGGACAAGUCUCAGGCAACGCCAUCAGCAAGCACAUGAAGAUCCGCGCGUUGUCUUUCACUGGAUCCGCACGCACUGGGCGUGUAAUCCAGAAGGCUGCGGCCGACUCGAACCUGAAGCAUCUUAUUUUCGAGCUCGGCGGCAAGUCACCUGCCAUCAUCUUCGAGGACGCCGACAUUGAAAAGGCUGCCAAGGACACGCAGCACAGCAUCAUGUUCCACUCUGGUCAGACUUGCAUGGCCAACUCGCGCAUCUACGUUCACAAGAACAUUGCCGACAAGUUUGUCACCACCUUCAACGCCCAUGCUGCUGCACGCAAGCUAGGUGACCCAUUGUCUCCAGAUACCACAAGCGGUCCUCAGGCCGAUAAGACGCAAUAUGAGACGGUCCUGCGGUACAUCGAGGAGGGCAAGAAGACGGGCAAGUUUGUUGACCCCGGCGCUACUGUGCCAUCGUCCUCUCCGGGCGAUGGUUCCCAGUCGCUAGACCUCUUCGUCGGGCCAGUCGUGUUCCUGCAGCAGCCAGAGGACAGCAAGGUGAUGAAGGAAGAGAUUUUUGGCCCGGUCGCGUGCAUCAACACUUUCGAGACCGAGGAAGAAGCUCUACGUGUCGCCAAUGAUACCGAGUUUGGCCUGUAUGCAGCGCUCUACACCAAGGAUAUUGACCGCGCAUUGCGUGUAGCCAAGGGACUCGAGUCGGGAAUGGUCGGCGUCAACUGCACUUCCCCGACGGGUGCGUGGGAUAUGCCCUUCGGCGGGUACAAGUCCAGCGGCGCCGGGCGCGAGAGCUUCUUGCACUCCCUGGACGACUGGCUCGAGCAGAAGGCCGUGUUCAUCAAGGUUGAUGGUCUGCUUGGGUCAUCUGGGCCGACGAACAGCACGCUUGGAAGGUAGUAGCAAGUAUACGGUUCGAGGUUACGAAAGAGCGCAAUCUAGCACAUAUCAGUAACAGAAGGCACAUAGUGUAUUGGACGUGUUCUUUCUGCCUGCCUCCAUCUGCACUAGUUGAGCAACUCUGCAUGGCUCAAUUUACCCCUUUGAAAUACUUGACCACGUCAGCAUUUGGUCGAAAGCUAGCCUACAGACUUUUUCAUGAUCAACAUCAGUCGAAUCCAUCUUGCAUUUCAUAAAUCCAAAGAAGAACUUGAGCGUGACUUAUGGGGAC